CCUUUUGCUUACCACCGCACAGGCAAAAGACAUUUUCUGCCCUUUUAGAAAAAUUUCCAAAAAAAAAAACCAAGAUUCUCUCAACUUAUUCGAACACAUUCGGAAAAAUAUGUAAAAAGCCGAGUAAAAUGACGGAUAACGAGUAUAAUUCGUCGGGAAACGAGUAUCGACAUUCGGAAACAAGUUUUUCCGGCUUUUCUGGGGUUGAUUUAGAAGAUUAUGGCGGUGAUGGAAUUGAUUACAGCGAUUGGUUUAAGCUAGAUCAUGGGUUUGAUAGUGAUGUUGAAGCAAUUACUUGGGCUAAGAGUACUGCUAUAAAGAUUGGAUUUGAAUUAGUCAUUUCGUCACAUAAGAACGAGGGGAAAAAGAAGCUUCUACGAUGUGCUCGGGGUGAGCGUUACAGAGGUUCAUUCACAGAUUCUGAUUCCUUCGUACGGAAAAAUACGAAGACAAAAGCGUGUAAGUGCAAAUUUAAAAUUAUUGUCAAAUUAGGAAAGACUGCAUGGUUUAUACUUACAGAUCCUGGUAUUUCGAGUACACACAACCAUGCUCUAGCUGUGUAUCCUGAAGGAUACCGUCAGAUGAGUGGGCUGAGUGGCGAGGCGAAAGAAAUUGUGCGAGAUAUAACUGCGGCACAAGCGAAGCCGUGUUCUAUCAUGGCAGCUUUAAAAGAAAAAGUACCAUCUGACAACCCUAGAAUAAAGCAAGUGUACAACUAUAGAGAGACUUUGAGAAAGUCUAGCUUUGAGGGUAGAGAUGUGGUUGGGCAAUUUUAUCACAUGGCUCAGCAAAAUGAUUAUGUACACUGGACUCUUGCUGAGGAGGAUACAGGUGUGUUGACCCAUAUUUUCAUGGCUCAUCCUGAUUCAGUGAGACUACUUCGUACGUACUACUGGAUCAUCGGCAUGGACUCCACGUACAAGACGAACAAGUACAAGCUGCCUUUUUUUUAG